AUGUCUUAUCAAGGUUUAGGAUCAUAUCCGAAUGGCGGAAAUCACAGCGCAACAUUCUUUUCUAGUGCUCAGCCCACUAGGGAAUUUCAAAACCACACGGAAGGCCAGAGUUUACCGUUUACAUUUGACAGACGUACAUUCAAUCCAAACCCUUACCGAAGUCAAUGUAGAAGUACAGAUCUGAACACAAACAUUAACACCUAUAAUAACCAGAAUACGGGGAAUUACCAACUUCAUCGAGGCUCUGUUGGGAUAGGCCAGACCAAUUUCAACAGCAGCAGCCGCCAAAAUCAUUCAACCCCCUCUCAAAACAACUUUCUAGAUCCUCGGCAAGCUCCCGCUCAUGUAGAACCUCUUCAAGUUUCUUCGCAUCAAGCUCCAGUUCGAUCUUCUCAUCCGAAUAGGUUCGGCCAGGUCAAUUUCAACCAUCCAACCAAUCAGCAAGAUAACUUUUCCCACUCUCGGAAUGACUUGAUGGAUCCUGGUCAACUGUCUUCACAAUGUCACCCUUGUGACAGGCGUUCAACCCAGCUGGAUCCUUGUUGCGGUCCUUUAAAACAGUCAGAACAGCGUCUUGGUCUUUCGCAGUAUGACCCGACUAACCCGGAUCCUUUUAACAGGUCCUCGCAAGAUACCUCUCCGUCUACGCCGCAAUACCGACAUCUUGAGUCCGCAGUGACUCCAGCAACCCGUAAGACUCAAAACCGCUCAGAUGUUUCCACUUCAAAUUACCGCUCGGUGGCCGCGCCACGUGUAUCCACACUUCUAAAUCUUCAAGAAGAGCUCCGACGCGGUGAAGAACAGCUUCAGCAUGAGCGUGCCAAGGCAGUCAAAAAUGCUGCCAAGAAACAGGCACGUGCUGAUGCAAAGAAGAAGAAGUCCCAGGGAGCCGCAAGCAACACAAAUCUACUUGAUCCAGACGUAUCCCUUGGGCUUGACUUCUCACAGAUGGAUCGGAACAAAUCUAGGCUUGUCAACCAUGAGGUUCAGAGCAAGCUCGACGACCAGGGAGAAAACUAUCGAGAUGGCGAGAACACGGCUGAAGGAAGCUUUGAAAACUCUGAUCCUAGACCCUCGAGCAACCCUGAACCCUCAGCUCCACCAAAAUCCAAGUCACAAAUGAUGUUGGCACCUCACCUGGUUGAGGAGUUGAAGACAAUGGAUAUCAAUGAGCUUCAACAACAAGUCAAUAAGCAUGCUCAUUAUGUCCGAUUGUGCUCCGCUGAUGAGGUGGAGAUCCAAGAGGCUUACGAGGAGUUUCAAAGGCAGUUGCUUAUUAUUGCGGCAAGCAGGAGACUUCAAUUUGAUUCGGUGCAGUCCUAUUUGGGUGCAGAAAACCGCACACGAGGUUCAAACAUGUAUACCAACUUUUGCCGGUAUGAUCCCGAGGCUAUCAAGAUCCGAGACGAUAAAUCUCUUUCAAUUCAAGAGAAAGGCUCAAAGUACGGAGCCUUAUGGCGCGAGCUAGAUGAAGCAGACCAGCAGAAGUACAAGGACCCAGAAUUUCUAGCAACAUUUCCAAAUCCUUUUGUAAGAGAGCCCAAAACAGCCAAAGAAGCUUCCGAAGACGAGAAUAUUGAACUCUCCGACGCUAUUGAUACUGCUAAGAACAAGUCACGCAAAAGACGUUCUGGGAAAGGGAUUGACGCCAAUCGUUGGGCUCGAAAGGUACUGGUUGAUUUAAAAAACUUGGAGAAGUCCCAUGCUAUCGAAGGGUACUUAGUUGUAGUAUACCCUCACCUGAAAGGCAGAGCUGUACUGAGUGGGGGAAGUAGAAUGGGCGAGUCGUUCCUUGACAUGUUUGAAAUCGAUCCAAACCCAACUGAAACUACAAGGUCUAGGAAAAUACGAAAGAAACCGACUAUAAAAGGUGCGACCAUCAAAUCUGCUAAGCCAACAAACUCAAAUUCAAGAAAAGAGGCUUCAUGCUCGAAAUCCAAGGCAAGUAAACCAUCCGAACGUCAAGUGGUGAAGGAAGCAAAGAAAAAGAAGCAGAAUUAUGUCUCAUCUCGCCAUGCUGAUGACAAGUCAGCUAGUUCAACUGAAUCCAACAGUGAAGAAUUGGAAGAUGAUCUUUUCAAGGGAAGCAGCGACAACGAGGACGGUGAAGACAAUGCACCGGAUGAGGGCGACAAUGAGAGAGAUAACUAA